UGGAUUCCCCGGGAGGGGGAGGGCACCAGGAGGAGGGCACCAGGAGGAGGGCACCGUGUGUCCUUGGGUGGAGAGGGGAGGUGACUCCAGCUGAAGAGGAGGACGCAGAAUGAGGGCCUUGCGGGUCUCCCAGGCGUUGAUUCGCUCCUUCAGCUCAACCACCAGGCACCACUUUCAGAACCGAGUGCCCGAGAAACAGAAACUCUUCCAGGCAGACAAUGACCUCCCAGUGCACUUGAAGGGCGGGGGAACUGACAACAUCCUGUACCGACUGACCAUGACGCUGACUCUGGGGGGCAGUGUCUACAGCUUGUACUGCCUUGGCUGGGCCUCCUUCCCCCACAAGAAGUGAGACCAAGAAGUUUGGAGGACCUAAGGGACUUGGAUAAACAUCAAUAAAUUGGCUUCUUGGGAACCCAA